AUGAGGACAGCAAGGCGAGCCAGCACUGUGGAGGUUCCCUCCUUCCUGCGACAGCUGGUGAGGGAGACUGAAAAGAUGGUCACUUUCUUUUUCAAGGGAGGGCAGGAGGAACACCAAGCAGAUAAUGAUUCGGACUCUGAAGAGGAUAAUGAUGAUGUGGAGGAGAUACCCAGUCCUUACCUGGAGAGGCCAAUACUACAGAAGCACACUACUGAGGGUGAGUCUAAGUGGGGCGUUAGCUAUGCCCUGGCCAGCAUGCAGGGAUGGCGUGCGCAAAUGGAGGAUGCCCACACAUGCAUGCCUGAAAUGACUGAGGGUCUGCUGGAUUGGAGCUACUUUGCUGUGUUUGAUGGGCAUGCUGGAAACACUGUGGCUCAGUAUUGUUCCACACAUCUGCUUGAUCACAUCCUUGCAACAGGUGGCAUAACUUCAGAGGAAAAUGUAGAGCAAGUGAAAGACAGCAUCCGAGAUGGGUUCUUAGGCAUUGACCGCCACAUGCAUGAACUGGCUCGCACCGAUGGCUGGGACCGCAGUGGCUCCACAGCAGCUGCUGUCAUGAUCUCUCCACGAAACAUCUACUUUAUCAAUUGUGGUGACUCCCGCACCUUCCUGUGCCGCAAUGGUCAGGUGGUCUUCUACACGGAGGACCACAAGCCCUGCAACCCACGUGAGAAGGAGCGUAUACAGAAUGCAGGAGGCUCAGUCACACUGCAGCGCGUCAAUGGCUCCCUGGCUGUAUCUCGUGCCCUUGGAGAUUUCACAUUUAAGGAGGUGGAGUGGAGGACACAGACGGAGCAGCUGGUGUCCCCUGAACCUGAAGUCUAUGAUCUGGAGCGCUCACCCAAUGAUGAAUUCCUAGUGGUGGCUUGUGAUGGAGUUUGGGACGCCAUCAGUAAUGAAGACCUGUGUGCCUUUGUGCACAACCGGCUUUCUGUGUGUGAUGAUUUGAGGGAAAUCUGUACACAGGUCAUCGACCUCUGCCUCUAUAAGGGAAGUCUGGACAAUAUGAGCAUCAUCAUCAUCUGCUUCAGUGGCUCUCCACAGGUGACUCCUGAAGCUUUGCAACGGGAGGCAGAGCUGGAACAACUCAUAGAGCUUAAAGUAAAAGAGAUCAUUCAAGUGAUUAGGUCUAAAAAUGAAGAUCUUGAUCUGUUCCAUGUGAUGAAGUUUCUGUCAUCUGAAAACAUCCCUGGACUUCCACCAGGGGGUGGUAUCACAAGCAAGAGAGACUGCAUAAUCGCUGCAUACCAGAAAUAUUCAGCAGCUUUUAGAACUGUUGAGCCUGUGGAUAUUGGCGGCUCAGAGGAUUCUAACUAGUAGUGGUUGCCUUGGAAACUGAAUCAGAA